GACCAAGACUGGAGUUCAGGGAAUCCUCCACAGACACAUUCUACUUCUUAUCAGAUUCACGCUGCACGUAUGUUCAGCAGGUGUGGACUUCUCUUCCUGAUUCUUGCUUUAUCACUUGUGCUGAUCAGCUGACUGGAGAUUCAAACCACAACAUCAACAUACUUGGCAUGCUUCUUCCUCAUCUACCAGUGACGACGAUACACCGGGGGAUGCGGUCAAAACAGAAAGGAGACGAAGAAGAAGAAGAAGAAGAAAGUUUUGACAAGAAGUUGGAUGAACCUUGAGAGGCGGCAUCAUCUUUAAUCUUUGGCAUCCACACACACCUACAUAAUAGAGGAUCCCUGUUUGGAACUUGUGGCGGGAGGACUUCAUAUGUGUGAGCGUGCCUGUAACUUCAUCAGGCUUGGAAUAGACCCAGGGACGCUGACACCUCUUAACCUCCUGGUCUGGCCUGGCGCUGAGAUGGUGCGAGUCAGCUGGUGUGUGCGCUAACAGCUGGAGAUAACAACACCCAAGGGCAACACACGGUUGUAAACAACAACGCGCUGCGAUCGAAAAGUAUCUUUAGUGUAAUUUGGAAACCUCUCUCCACCCUGUCAUGCACCAGCAAAAGAAUAUUUCAGCCAACAGCGAGUGUGCACAUACUGUACAAGUGUGUGUGUCUGAGUGUGUGCUGCAGAGGGGCGGUGAUUUUCCAGAUUGCCGGAUUGCCUAAUUACCCCCUUUUUAGGUUUGGGAAUCCCGCCCAGAGUCUUUCAAACACAAAGGGAAGAGAAGAAAGGAAAAUAGAUGAUUUAAGUCUGGCUUUCGGCUUGUGACACCGAGAUUAAUUGAAGGAGAAAGAGGUUGGAAGUUGAGACUGUCCGGGGUCAGAGUCACGAUGUGGAACUGUGCAACAAAAGUGACGGAAAACUGGGUUACAGCUGAACUUCCUCCUGGAACUAAUUUAAUACUCGACAUGGAAUCUGAAUAGUUUGAAGCAUUUUAGCAUGUGUGCAGAUGCUGUAUUCAGAAAUGUUUGGAAUCUCGUGAUCUGGAGUGAAUAUCUACCAACCAACCUGAGGAUCUGCUGUACAUCUGAGGAUUAUUUUCCAGCUUAAAUCUUAGUUUUCAAGGCGUACAUCUUCCCAUCUUAGACUUUGCUUUCCCUACAAGAGGAUGAGAAGGGAAAGGAGGUCUGCUUCCUUUCGUAAGGAGAAACCUGCAGGCCUGUCCCGCGCUCUCAGCUGGCUGAAUGUGUCCACGCUCUCCCGCCAGAGCAGACGCAUCUUCCACAGUCAGAAUAACCUCCACGCCGUCCACAGCCGUCAACCGUACUCGCACUCGCACACUCACCUUCAUGCGGCAGACAGAGACGCGGAUGACGAGGAUGACGACAACUGGGUGUAUCAGCCUCAACACAAAAUAGCGGUGUCUAACCUGGAUGAGGAGAGCAAGUGGACGGUCCAUUACACAGCUCCGUGGCACCAGCAGGAGAACGUCUUCCUACCAGGCAGCAGGCCGCCCUGCGUAGAAGACCUCCACCGUCAGGCCAAAGUCAACCUCAAGACCGCCCUGCGAGAAUGUGACAAGUUGAGGAAAGAUGGUUUCCGCAGCUCUCAGUACUACUCUCAGGGUCCCACCUUUUCUGACCCCUUACAGUCCACCGGCUGCCUGCAGGACGAGGAGGAGGAUGACAAUGAUAAGAAGUCCACAGCUUCAUCAGCGGAGGACAGCAAAUCUCAGCUCUCCAUGAGGCCCCAGACCCCGCAGGGAGGGGGUGAAGGAGGGGAGGCUUACGAGGUUGACGGACAGGUUGUAUGGCACAAGGGCACAGCACUCCCCACCCCGGAGGAGAAAAUGAGGCUGGCGGCCCGGGCCGUGCCCACAGACAUAGUUCCCAUCAACGUCACAGGGGCAGUGUUUGACCGACAGGCGAGCGUCCGGCGCUCCCUCAUUAACACUGACACCGUGUCCCGCCGGCCCAAGAAGGUCAAACGCAGAAAGACUAUAUCAGGGCUGCCUGACAACUUCAACCAUGAGCUAGCAGCAAAAGCACACGGCGGAGAGCUCCGGCCGCAUUCCAUGUUCAUCCCGGGACAGUACUCCACCUUGGGCAGAGUUGGGAGCGUCAACUCAACGCUCCGACGUUCAGACACCAGAGACUCCGGCUGCCAGACAGAAGAAAUAAAGGUUGUACCCCCGUCCAUGAGGAGAAUCCGGGCUCAGAGAGGACAGGGAAUCGCUGCUCAAAUGGCCGGCAUUUCCGCUUCCUCCUCGACAGGAAGUAUAUCCAUUUCGAGCAACGACAGCUCUGGGAUCUUGAUGCUGCCGCAGUUUAAUAGAGAUCCUUCCCGUUUUCACAGUCUGCCCCGACAGGGAGCCAGGGUGUCCCUCAGUGCGGACCCCCUCUGUAGCAGCACCCCUAUCAGGUCAGAGGAGCAAACCACACCUCAGAGGCAGAUUGGAAAGCUUCAGGUCGACAAUACAGUGGUGCACAUGAGGAACGCCCCAAGGACAGGCACCCUGCCUAGGCCCAAGUCUCAGGAGUUUAGGGGGACGCAGGCCAGUGAUUGGGGUGGUGGACCAGCAUGUGUGGUGUCCCCACAUGCUGCCUAUUCCACCUCAGUCAUCCCCAACGCCACCCUGUCUAGCUCCUCUGAGGUCAUUACCCUCAACACCUCCCCCGCCUCAGCUUACCCCACAGCUCGACCGCUCAGUCUGGCUUCCUCCACCAACGCCGACCGCAUGAUCCCCAGUCUAACAGCCUUCACCCACAGCUCCACCUGCCCCGCCUUGGCCACCUCUACCCCCACUCAUACACCACAGGAUGGCGGCCUGGUAGUCGCAAAACCUGCUAGCGAGUCAGGGCACUCGGACAGCAGUAUACACAGCCACAGCACCCUGGCCCCCACGCCGCCAUCCUGUCUGCCAGAAGAGCAGUGGAUCUACGACACGCCAGAAAACGUGGUGGUUCCACACCGUACUCUGACCUCCAGCUGCUCCACUCCUAUAAACCAGCUGUAUAGCAGUCUGGACCUCUCCUCCAGGACCACCACCGACUCCAGCUCCCUCUAUUCCCAAGACAACGAUGGAUACUACACCUCCAUGCACCUGGACUCGGGCCUGCGCUCUCGCAGCCAGGGCAGUGGGCACAUUGCAACACCUGGACGGGGCACCAGGCACAGCAUGUACGAGUGCCGCGAGAUGGCCAAUCAGGAAGACUCUGCGAGCUUGUACAGUGACCGCUCGCUGUCCCGCAGCAUCUCCCUCCGCAAGUCCAAGAAGCCUCCGCUGCCCCCGGCUCGUACAGACUCUCUUAGACGCAAGACUUCUGCGAAAAAGCCCCUCGGAGGCGUCAGCGCCAUCGGUGGCGCUAAGGAGCCAAACGCAGCCAUGCUCAAUGAGACUCUGAUUGCCAGCUUGCAGCAGAGCUUACAGAUGGGGCUGAGAGGAGGGAAAGGAAAAGGGGCUUCACCAUCUUCACCCUCUCACAGCCCGAGCAGCGACUACGAUGACCCUUGGGUGCUACGGCCACGCAGUCAGAGCAGCAUCAGCGCAGGUAGCUCUGCAGCGUCACUAGGAGCUAACGCCAACUGCGGCGGUGUGUCUAACGUGUACUCGCUAUGCCACGUAACGCCCGCUCACAGUGACACCAGCAGCUUGCGCUCGGACUACGCUGAUUCCUGGGGCUACUACAUGGACUACCCUCGUAACCAUGGAGACCAGAGGGCACAGACCCCUCCGGCCCACGCCACAGAUAACAUGUCGACUGGGGCUCAUCCGGGAGAAUUACAGAACGGAGGUGAGAUUCUCAACAACAGCGAGGCCCCUGGAGCUCCAGGCCAGGAGAGAGGGGUGGCAGUGAAGCCCAAAAUGUCCACCUCCUCACCGGACAGGGUGCACAGGUUGACCUCCCCAUCUAGCGGCUACUCCAGCCAGUCCAACACCCCUACAGCUGGAACCCCAGUGCCCUCGUUCGUCAGGUCCAUGUCUCCUUCAGGCAGCCGGCCCAAACCCAAAGUGCCCGAGAGAAAGUCCUCUCUCCUCUCCUCUGUAUCCAUGUCCUCCUCUUCCACCUCCCUUUCCUCCAACACCUCGGACUCUCUUAAAAGCUCCGGACCUCCUCCGCCACCACCUCCACCCUUGGCCUUCACCUCCUCCUCAGCUCCCACCACCAAUCUCAGCCCACCUCCACCCUUCCCUCCCCCUCAACCGCCAUGCUCCAAUGCAGGCACUCCUCCUCCACCAGCUCCCCUGAUACCAACCACUCCACAGGGUCCAACUCUGAUCCCACCCCCUGCUUGCUCCACCUCCCCAGAAUUCCCUCCUCCUCCAUCCCCUGAAAUGCUAAUCCACCCCAGUUCAUCCUUCAAUGGGAGCUUCAGUCCUCCCCUUCCACCUCCCCCUCCCGUCCCCUCCUUGGGGCCCCCUCCACCUCCUCCACUGCCUGCUUUUGUCCCACCGUCGUCCUCCCCAUCUUUUGUGAAGGCGGUGAAAGAUGCUCCUAAAGCAGCUCUUUCCGACAGCCCUCUCAAGUCCCCUAAGCCCCUCAUCACCCCGUUUGCGCUGCAGAGCAUUCAACUCCGCUCCGUUAGACGGCCGGAGAAGGAGAUUAACGGCGAAUCAGACCACAGCAAAGCUCAGGAAACAGGGGUGGACCUCCUUCAGGGUCUAAAGCCCCAGACCCUGGACAAGUCUCCCUCCCUGGAGCAUCCCACUGUGAUACACCUGUCAAACGGCUCCCCAGAAGAAGAUUCACGUAACUCCUCACCAUCACCUGUGUCAAAGCUCUUGGAAGAGUUGUCCUUCGACAGCACAGAUGACGCACCGGUCAUGAAUUGGAAAGUAGAGGAUCAGAUUUACUUAAACGGAAAAGAAAAAGUUGAAGGACGGGAAUCAACGCCCAGUCCCCCACGGAGCUCCCAAAGCUCUCCUAUCAAACAGAAGCCCCCAGUCGUCUCCAAGAAACCCAAAUUCUCUUUUGUCCCACCAUUUUACCCCCAACCAAUAAAUGAACAGCUUCCACCUCAGCAUGAGGACAUAACCAACCUGUCGCAAAUAGAAGACCAAGUAGACGCGCCGCAAACAAAGAAAGAAGACAGUAAAAGUGAGCAACAGGAGGAAGAGGAAACUCCAGAGAGCUCCGAGCUUCUAGCAGAAAGCAGUGAAACAUCAACAGUAGCCCAGGACGAGUCCUACGUUCUUGCUUCUGCCAGUUUUGACCAUGGACUAUAUACCAAUGGAGAGGCUCAUGAAGAGGAAGAGGAGGAUGGGACAAGUAGCACGACUGGAUCCAUCAGCUCCAAGGAGGACGACACUGGUGAGGUGUUUUACUCCAGCACGGCUGAAUCGUCUCCGGCCCCGUCAGCCAACGGGGCCCGCGACGAGAACAUGGUGACCCCGACUCCCACGCGGCCCCGAACCACUGAGGACCUAUUUGCCGCCAUUCACAGAGGGGGCAUGCAGUGGGUGGGUGCAUCCUUUCUAGAGAGGUCGAAGCGCAAGGUCCUGGGUCGCAAGGAGUCUGAGGAGGACAAGUCCCGGACUGGGAGCCAACCACAGUCUCCACCCGCCACCCCAACCGGCGGGUCUCCAGUUACGGUGUCCCCAGGAUUGGUGUCCCCAGGUAUGGUGUCGCCAGGUACGGUGUCCUCCUUGCCCCGCCAGUCAGGCUCCAUCCAGCGCAACCUCCGCAAGUCCUCCACCAGCAGCGACACCUUCAAGGCCCUUCUCCUGAAGAAAGGCAGCCGUACGGAGACCAGCUUCAGGAUGUCGGCCACGGAGAUGCUCCGCUCCACCGACCCUCGCUCCCAGAGACCGUACUCGGAGUCGGCGUUAGACUCCCCUGCUGGUUCACCCUCCUCGCUGUCAUCGCCAAACAGCCCUUGCGGCUCCCCCAGCCGUGGCAAGAGGGCAACAGACGAGUGGAGCCGCUACGAGGCCCUGGCUCUGUCCUCGCCGACUUCGUCGUCCUAUUCAAUGAGCGGGUUUAAGUACGGGCGCUCACGCACGCCGCCCUCUGCUGCCAGCAGCAAGUACAACGCGCGCAACCGAAUCCUCAGCAGUCCAAUGACAGUAAUCUGUGAGCGCGAGGGGGAGCUGGCUGAAAGCGAGUACGGAGACACUGCUGAAAGUCUGUCCGCACCCACGGCUCAGACCCUCCCUGUACUCAAUAACUCCAACGGCACUUUUUCUGAAGAGGGCAGAAGUUAAAGAGCAAGGAGCGCCCCUUAAAUACAGGGAGCUGAACUCACUCAUCAUAAACAGGUAGGGGGCAGGAAGAGGAGCCAAUAGGAGGCCCUCUAGAGACACCUUCCUGAGCCCCACCCCCUCGGCGCUGCCUCUGAGGGAGUGGACAUGUCGGGUCCUGAUGUGAGGUCAGAGGUCGCCCCGUCAUGGACCGGGGCUGAACUUAGUCUGAAGUGGAGAACUGGUUCUGCUGCAGCUUUUCAUGAUUCUCACUCUGUCCUUCGUUUGGUGACUCACCCUUUGUGUUAAAAGAAUAGUGUUUCUUUUACGCCUGGUGUUCUUAGUUUGUUUUCCAUUUGUUUUGCUGUUUUUUUAACUUCAUUUUGUCCUUAGUUUUUUUUUUGAAGGACAAGGUUAAGAUGGUAAACUAAGGUGAAUUGAAGGAGUUGAAAAGUCACAAGUUGUAACUUUGCUGCUGUGGUGCAACGUAGCCGGGCAGUUGGAUAGAGAGAGUGGGAUGUAGAUGUCUUCUCAGCUUCUGCUUCUGUUGGCUCUGGAAAGUGUUUGAGAGCACCACGGUUUGCAAGUGUUGGCUUCAAAACAGCCCAUAAUAUUGUGGAAAGAACCCCGAGGACGUGGUACAACAAAGAGCUCCACGGUACAACUUCAGCUACGGUUCUCGCCAGGUUUUGCUUUCUGCUCUUAGGUCAGAGGUUUAGUUUGCAGAGCUGGUAUGUUCAGUGGUUCGUAGGAAGUGUUGAGAGGGCUCAGUGCUGUCACCUAGUGACGGCCAGGAAGUAAACAACUGUCGAGUGUAAAAAGACUCAACCAAAACAGCAAAUUUACUCUAUAAAAAAAGGUGCAUAAAUCCUCUAUUAAUUGAAUUUUAGUUUGUAGAUUUUGCACUGUGCAUAGGUCUUUUUCUUUGUGACUAUGUUUUCAAAGAUUGUUUUAAUAAACAAGUGAUGUCAUGAUGUGUUUGGGAGUUAAGUAUGAAUCUAUAAAUGUAAAGAAAUGACAUUAGAAAAAAAAGCUUAUUUUACUGUCCAGGUCUUUUAGUGGUUACCAAAGAGCUGAAAAAUUAAUCUGUUAAUCUGGAAGUGAACACAAUCUGAGAGUGCGACCGCUUGUCUGACACAAUGCGUACGGUCCAGUCGUCGCUACGUUUUGCCGAGACCUACUAGAAGCUUUUUAGGGCUUAAAUGAUUUCUAUAAUGACGUUGACCUUUCUGCUAAGCUUAUCCUUUUUGCAGUUUUAUAUGAUUGUGUAUGUAAAUACAUAGAGAAAGGAGUUUUAAGUAACAUUUUUGACUUAUUUUCAAAGACUGUACAUUGUUAGAGCCCUGUGUUUGCUGGAAGGGAGUGGUUUCCUUUUUUGUAGAUUAUUUAUUUUCACAUAGCGGGGCUGCAAACGGUGUCGCGAUCAGAGUCACGGGGGAGCGUUAGGAGGGCCACAUUUACUACGCUGAUCCCACCACGCCAUUUCUUUCUUUUUAAAAAAGGUGCUUCAACGUAAAACAAAAAAUGCAAUAAUGUCAAUAUUUAUGCUAAAGCCUUGUACUGCCCUUAAUCCUGAGUCAUGCAAAGCCCAUGCUGGUGCUCCCAGCUGAGUAAAUGUGGUCUCUUUAGAAGUCAUAAACUGAGGUGACAGGCGUGAGACUUAAUAACCUCCUGACAGCCAUAGCACCCUGUGGCUUAAUCACCUGUGACCAAAGUGUGUCUCCCAGCUCCCGCCCGGCCAUGAUUGAGCACUUGCUGGGGCCCGGGCUUGUUGUCUCGCGACAGGAAAAACGUCUCAAUCGCAGAGAGAGCUUGUGAAAAGACGGGAAGACAGAAGAAGUAGUUGGGAGUGGAGCUGCUUGUGUAUGUCUGUGUAAUAAAAAAAACAAGGUGAUAUUUAAA